AUGAGUGUUAAUCCAAUAAAAAUGCAAUUUGGUAUUAUGGCAUAUCAACAUAGUAAAAAAGGAGAUUCAUUAUUCCCAACAUUACAUAUUUAUGAUAUUAGUAGUAAUGAAACUAAAUUAAUUUCAUCACUUCCUAAUAUCGAAGCUAAAUCAUUUAUUUAUUCACCAAAUGGACAAUUUAUGGUAGUAAGUGGAAUUAAUACAUCAGAACCAUAUUUAUAUUUCUAUAAUACUGAUAGAAUGAAAUUAUAUAAAAAAGUUCCAAUUGAAAAUAUGAGUUAUAUUUGUUGGGAUCCAAUGGGAUUAUUCCUUGGUGCAGUUCGUUCAUAUGUUUAUUCUCCACAUGCAAAGAAUGGAUUUAUGUUAUAUGAUUGUUUUGGAAAUUUACAAUUUGAAACAUACAAAACUAAUUUUGCUGGAUUAUUAUGGAGACCACAACCAACAAAUAUUAUUAAACCUGAAAUGGCUAAAGAAGUUGAAAGUAAAUUUAAUGAAUGUUUAAAGACAAUGAAAGAAGAAGAUGAACGAAAGAAAGAACAAAUUGAAUUAGAAAAGAAACAAAGAGCUGAUGAAUUAAUGAAAAGGUUCAGAAAUAUUGUUCAAAAGAAUGUUCAAUUAUCUGCUAAAGAACAUUUAAGAGCUUAUGAUUCUGGAAUGAAAAUUAUUGUUGAAGAAAUUAAACAAAAGGCAGAAUCUAAUGAAGAAGUAAAAGAAAAUAUAACAGAAACUCAGUAA